AUCCGCGCAGGCGUGUCGCGCCGCUCUUUCUUUCCCCCGCCGCCAUCAUGGGUCGCAUGCACGCUCCCGGAAAGGGUUUAUCCCAGUCCGCCUUGCCAUAUAGGCGAAGUGUGCCCACUUGGCUGAAACUUACUUCUGAUGAUGUAAAAGAACAGAUUUACAAGUUGGCUAAGAAAGGCCUGACUCCCUCACAGAUUGGUGUGAUCCUGAGGGACUCCCAUGGCGUUGCCCAAGUUCGUUUUGUGACAGGCAACAAAAUUCUGAGGAUUCUUAAAUCCAAGGGGCUUGCUCCUGAUCUCCCAGAGGACCUUUACCACUUAAUCAAAAAGGCGGUUGCUGUUCGUAAGCAUCUUGAGAGGAACCGGAAGGAUAAAGAUGCCAAAUUCCGACUCAUUUUGAUUGAGAGCAGAAUUCAUAGACUGGCUCGGUACUACAAGACCAAGAGAGUACUGCCACCUAAUUGGAAGUAUGAAUCAUCUACAGCUUCUGCUCUGGUUGCAUAAGAACUUCUAUUCACUGUGGAUUCA